GCAGUGCUCUGGCUCCCGGUGUCACCUGCUGAUGGCGCCGUGCAGGAGGAGGACCAGCAGCACGGAGCUGCUGAGCCUGCGGUCCACAGGCAGCCUGCAGGCUGGCACUCUGUCCAGACUGAACAUGAGGAUCCUCAGGGGUGUUAUCCUCCAGGACAGCAGAAAUUUCAUCAAAGUGUGGAGCAAGACCUCAAAAUCUUCAAUAGCGUAUGAGAAUGGAAAAAUCUACUUUGAAAAUUACCAGAAUUGCUACAGUUGUGUUCAUUCUCAGCCUCAAGUUCUGUACAAGCUGCCUAAGCGGUCCAAACUUGAGAAAAUUGAAGAUGCUCUACUGUGUCAGAGCCCACUUGACAGAGCAUUGACCUCCCCCUCUGACCACAAACCCAGCCUCUUGGUUUUGACAGCCAAUAAUUUCCUGUAUCGCCUUUCAGCUGAGACAGGAGAGGAACUUCAGAGAGUUUACCUCUCCCCACACCACAAGUUCAGGUACCUUGGCUGGGAUGUUUCUCAAGAGAUAUUUUAUGUCAAGUCCAUUCAAAAUAAAGCAACAUCUUUGGCACGGCAGGCAGGUAUCACUCAGGACACACUGAUGCACCUGGCCAUCUUUCAUGUUUUCCCCUUGCAAAUUGUGGGCAUUAUGGAGAUCAGCAAAAAGGUGUUUGGGAACGGUGUCACUGAUGUGGUUCUGUCCCAAGGUGUCCUUGCUGUCUCCUACAGCAGCAAGUCAGUGAAGCUGUACAGCUUUGAGCACAUUGUGAAUAAGUACAUGACAAAGAAAUUUGCACUUGGGCAGAAGAGUUCAUUGCAUGGAGGCAAAACAGUAGGAGAAGCUCCCUUGGGUAUCCCAGUGAAUAUCCACUUCAGUGAUUGCCCCCCAGUGCUUUUUGAGGUGUCGUGCUCUGAUAACAGUGUACAGAUUGGAGGCUACCCAUGGCACUACAUCUACACACCACCUCACAAGUACCACAAGGGGACUCACCACAUCUGUUCACUCGUGGAUAGUGUCCUGGCAACAAAUGGAAUACAAGAUAUGAAAUGCUGCUCUCUGGAGACUGAUUGGAUCUCCUUCCACCCUGAUGACUCUGGAAGAAUCAUUCAUGUUGGACCUAGCACCAUAAAUGUCCUAAAAAUUCUCACUGAGCUGAACAGUGGUUUGCCAUCUGAGGUGGUUGAGGAUUUCUCCAUCUCUACCCACCGAAACAACAAUCAGGCAGCCUCCCAAGUCAGUGUCACCUCCUCGGGCCGCACAGUGAAGAGGAGAUUUGAUCUGCUGGAUGACGACCCAGAGCACGAGACAUUCCGUAUGGUGGAGUAUGAAGAUGAGCUGGACCUUCUGGCAGUCGUGGUGACAGAAGGUGAAGGGGAGGGAAGAGCCGAGGUCAGACUGCAUGACAACAAGAGUGGCAAACUCCUCAGGAAGCUUCAUCUCGUGGAGCCGUGGGAUGAGACUUUUCGACACGAGUUGUUCUUUGACAAAGACACGAUUGUUCACAUUGAACAAAAGAACAAUAACUUCUGCUGCCAUGUCUACAAACUCCAAGCCACCAGAAAAUAAGGGUUUGGUGCAAAAGUGACUUCAACUGCAGGAAAUCAACUUUUGUUAGGAUUUGUAAAUAUUCAUUUCUGAUUCUUUUUGUACGAUUUUUCUGUUGAACUGAUAAUACAGCCAGUCAUGUGGACUGUUGAACACUUCAAAGCGUACUGUCUUUCUAUCUGAUGUGCUAAACAAUUGUUGUUAAUAAAUUUGCUAGUAAAAUAA